UGAGACUGCAGAGAGAGGAAACAUGAUGGAGAUGAGUGGAUUAUACAAGAAGAUGCUUCUGCUGGCAGCUUUGGCUCUGGUUGACCUGGUCAGCGUAAGGUCAUCUCCUGUGGUGGGACCGGAGCCAAUCCGCUGUGCCCCCUGCACCCAGGAGAAAAUGGACGCUUGCCCGGCCAUCCCAGCCGACUGCCGGCAGGUUCUGAGGGAGCCGGGCUGCGGCUGCUGCAUGGCCUGCGCUCUGGAGAGGGGGGCCUCCUGCGGGGUCCACACCGCCCACUGCGCGGACGGUCUCCGCUGCAUCCCAAAACCCGGAGAGGCCAGGCCGCUGCAUGCACUGACCAGAGGGCAGGGGGUCUGCACUGAAGAACCGGGUCAAGAAGAAGCUGAAGCUGCUGAGCACGGAUCGCUGCACUUCAUGUUGGGCCUCAACCUUCCAUCUGACCUCCAAGACACCGCCGAGGGUCAGGAGAGCAUCAAGGCAAAGGUCAAUGCCAUCCGGAACAAACUGGUGCAGCAAGGACCGUGUCACAUCGAACUGCACGCAGCUCUGGACGUGAUCGCCAGCUCUCAGCAGAAACUUGGUGACAAGUUCACGACCUUUUACCUCCCCAACUGCGACAAGCACGGAUUCUACAAGUCGAAGCAGUGUGAGUCAUCCUUGGUCGGACCGCCGGCUCGCUGCUGGUGUGUCUCUUCCUGGAAUGGGAAGAGGAUCCCGGGAUCCAGCACCUCCUGGCAGACUCAGAGUGCCAUCAAGAAGUCACUCACUGAAUCACCACCCGGUUUGGAUCCACGGCAAUAGGAUCACCGUGCUGACUCCAGCAUGUAAACAGUCUUUUUCUGGGCGACCUGAACCCGCACCCUGAACGCUGGUGGACCUACCCAUGGGUCCGGUGCCCUACUUUCAAGACAGGGAAAUUCAACCUCGGUCCUUCCAUUGUACAAAAGCGUAUUAUUAUUUUAGAACUGCUUUACUGAAAGCGGAAGGGAAGUUUCCUGCUUCUUUGUUAUGGACAGGUCAAGGAGGCAGCACUCUAAUGAAAGAGGCCCAGCCCCCCAGGAGAACAAUCCCAUCCAUCUUCCUGACAGCAGAUGCUUUGCCUUUUGGCUCAGCUCUUUUAGCGUCCAGUCCCUCUUACAUGCUAACUUGGUUAGCAACCGGAAACCUGUGUCCCGACUUAUUUAUUCCGUCCGUACUCUUGUCUCAUUCUUGUAAAUAUGGCACGGCUUUAAACGUUUGUGUCCUGAACUAAAUAACUCCACAGUUCUGCAGCUCCUCAGAGUCUUUUUUAUUCCCCCCCCCUAAAACCCACCGACACAGCUGCUUAUUCAUUCCGCCGUGUUGACUUCGUCCCAAUGUAUCUCCAUUGGCGUUUCCUCAAUUGGUAUUCGGGGAAAUGCAUAAAAUGCCACGAGUAUUUACAUGGUGGCCGAGCGAAAACAUAUCAGAGCUCCGUCCAAGCCACCCGGAGGUUUUUCAGAGGGGGCUCUUCUGCAUGCGUCUACCUCAGCUGGUUCCCUUCAGGUCCCCUGCUUCACGCUCAGCGUCUGUGUGCUUGUCUCUUCUAUUUAUUUAUGAUAUACCUGUGUUUGUUGUGCUGAAACGUCGCUGCUAUCUUUUAUUACUGUUAUUAUUAUUCAUAAUAAACUUUUUUUCUCACUAAAUGAGAGUGUUUUUUUAAUCUAAGACCAAGAUAUAGACUUUAUAAAAACAGCGUGAGAGAGUUGUGGGCCACCU